AUUUUAAUGCAGACACUCCACCGCCAUCCUACACUGCUGCCACCCACGUGCUGCCAACAGCCUCAGAACCUUCCAAGUAUGCAGCCACUGCAGCCAGCCACCAGGCCAGCUCACUUCAGGGAUCAGAGAUGGGAUCUGUGUUGGUGAAGGUCCACUACACGUACACUAUGGCUUUGUCUGUCCCUCUUAAUGCGUCAUACGAUGAAAUGAAGGAACGAAUCGCACAGAAAUUGGGCCAACCAGCAUCUCAGCUGCGCCUCAGACAUAAGCAGCAUGGCUCCCAGGUGCUGACACCUCUGCGUGGGGAAUUGGAGCCAGGCGGCACUAUGCAAGAGGUGGCUGAGGCCGGCAGAGUCACCCUGUGGUGCCAGACAGAGGACCCUCUGGCCAACCGUACCAUCCUCUACCAAAUGGUGGCGCUAUAUGAUUACGCUUCUCAGGGCUCAGAGGACCUAGAAUUUAGUGAAGGAGAUACUAUUGACAUCCUGGGAGAAGUUAAUGAAGAGUGGCUGGAGGGACACUGUGCAGGAAAUAUUGGCAUCUUCCCCCGCUGCUUUGCCUACAUGGAGGACAACAACAUCAAUCGAAGCUCAGAAUUUUAAAUGCACAUGUGCCUUUGUGUUUCUCUUACAAACCCAUUAACCUGUGAGUGGUGGCCAUUUAUAGCCUCAGAACAACCAAACAGCAACCUUGCAAGGUCUAAUGUGCAUUCGGUACUAACUAUGGUAUGAAUACAAUGUUUCUGUUGUGGCUCAGAGUACUGCUGGAAAAGUAUUUUGCUGACAAUACUUAUCAGACCUACAUGGUGAGGAGAUGGAUUUAUGGGUAACUGUAGUCACUCAGGCUUACAAAUGCACCUUAUACCCCAAAUCGCAAGCUGACUGGGUAAUUAAACUUCUUUCAGGACAUGAGAUGUGAUGAAGACAUACACACUACAUACAAAUGCAUCUCAUUUUAUUAGAAAAUGGCGUUAAAGGUUCAACGUAUUCAUCAGGCAUUGCUCAAGGGUAAAAUAUAUAUUCUCACACAUAAACUGGAAUACUUCAAGACUUUGUUUUAAUUUUUAUGCUUACAGUCAAGGAAGCCCCAAAAUCAUUCUCACAAUAUUAGAGUAGUUUAGAGGGCCACAAAUCAAUGACCCUCUAAACUCUCCCACACAAGAGCUCUCAUCAGCCAGUUAGCUCAAAAUGCCUGCCUUUAAAUUCUUAGUCUGAGUAUGCACAAACACAGCCAUGGGAAAGACUGCUGACUUGACAGCUGUCCAGAAGACAAUCACUGAAAAAGCGUACAACUUGACAGUACGUUGUCUGAAGGGGUCGGCUGUUCAGAGAGCAUUCUAUCAAAGAAUAUUAAUUGAAAGGGAACUGGAAGGAAAUGAUGCCAUAAGAAAAGGUGCAGAAGUAAAAGGGAUGACUGCAGACUUGACAAGAUGGCCAAGAGAAAGUGAAUUCCAGAAUGUGGAAGAGAUUAGAGCAGUGAACUGAAGCUGGAACCAGUGCAUCCAGAGCCACCGUAACCAACGUGUCCAGGAAAUGGACUUUGUAAAGUCUCUCCUGAACAUCCAACAACAUCAGAAGCAUCUUACCUUGGCUAAGCAAAGAACUAGAAUGUUGCUAAGUGAUCCAAAGAAAGUAAAUUUUGUAUUUAGUUCAUGAGCAGAAAGCUUUCAACGUCAAAGUUGAAACAAAUGAAGGCUUGAAAUAUUUCAGUGCAAGUGUACAGAGUCUAGAAAAUAUAUAUUUUUCUCUUUCAGCAAUUUUUGAUGCAUGAUUUCAGAUGCCUUCAGAUGAACUGCUUGGAUGAGAAUAAUUUCAACUUGUCUGUGAUACAAAACAUGCAUUUAUAUUAAACCUGCUUCCCUUUUCCUGCUUAUAUACUCUCUGGCACCACUGCAAUACUCCUGUCAUGCUCAAAUGAGGUUGGAUUUAAAAAUUUCACCAACUGUUUUUACAAUUUUUUGACAGGGUUGUAAUAAUUGGUUUGAUCUGACAUCUGUAAGGUGUGUUCAGUUUGCUGUGCUUAUCUGAUGUUAGCUGAAAAUCUGUCAUUUUAGAAAUCAUGGUGUAUUAGUUGUUUAUAGUAGUAAAUA